CUUGACGGAGAGCAAUAUUUGACGUACUGGUCUACUUCCUGUUUUGUUUCCGCUCCCUAUUACCUGUUGGUUCGGUUCUCGUAGAAAAUGGAGCCAUUAGACAGACAGGUAGACAACAAGGACCACCCCGCGAAGACACGCGCUUUCAUCCUCCAUCGGUGGACCUUAUAAACACAACCUAAGCCGUUGACGAACCUCUCGUAAGGGGCUUUCAAGCCCACACAACCCCCGGCGACAUGGCACUCAGCUCGGGCGGCUGGGCUCCGCAGGUCCCGCUCCUCGGGUCGUCCCAGCCUGGUGCCUGCGAUGGGCUCACGGCCUCGGCUUGCUGCAGUACCGUAUUAAUGUCUGUUCGCGUCUCGGUGUCCCACUCCGGUAUCCGCCCCUUGUGCCUCCCCGGAGCAGACAGCGAGGCUCUGCGCCUCCAGCUCAGCAUGGACCCGAGCCGGGCUGGAGAGUUCCGAUUAGCCCUGAGGGACACCAGCGGGAAUCGUAACGUGUUGGUGGAGUUUGACCUUCGCUCGGUGCACUACGAGGUCAAAUCCCCUCGGUGCCACGAGAUGCGUCUGGCUGCGCCGCCCCACAACUUUAUCCGCUUCACUUUCCGCUGCGACCGGGAAGCCGAGGAGUGGGCCACCGUGGUGAUGUCGUCUCUGCGAGAGGCCCAGCGGGUUGCAAACAUGGCUGCCUACGAAGCAGGCGGCAGGCAAACACAGACUUCUCCAGAAACGACCUCCUUACCGCCGGCUGAGGAGCUUUGCAUGGAGCUGGCCAAGGCGGUGGAAGCAGGUGAUGCUCAAGCAGCCUCCCAGCAUGCAUCAGCUCUAGCUCGACAGAAAGCAGCACUCACCAUCCAACUGGCGGAGAACAACUACAUCGCUACUGGAGAAAUCAGUCUGUCUGUGGUGGUGGAGGACGUGUCUUCUUCCUGCUGCUUCACAUUCAAAGUCUUCCCCUACAUGACCGUGGCUGCACUCAAACAACAGGUGUUUGUGGAGUACGGCUUCCAUCCGCGGGUGCAGCGCUGGGUGAUGGGUCAGUGCCUGUGCACGGACCUUAGGUCACUGGCCUCCUACGGCGUGCAGAAGGACGGCGACACUGCCUACCUCUACCUGAUCUCGGCCCGUCAGGCCCGCAUCACGAGACAGCUGUUCCAGCAAGACUUAGAGGGUGCUCUGCUGGCCCCGCCCCUUCCUCCCAGCAACGGCCCCGCCUCUCAAGACUGGAGGGGCUACAGCACUCUGCCGCCACGGCUAAUGCACAGUAACCAGGGAGGCGAUAAACCAGCUGACCUUCAGGUUGUUCUUGACAUGGAUAACUUGCAGCUGAACAACAAACCUACUAGAACACAGAAGGAGUGGGCGUGUCCCUCAUGCACUUUCAUCAACAAGCCUUCUCGUCCAGGCUGUGAAAUCUGUGCGACAGCCAAACCUGACACACACACCGCCACCCAGCAGGUACAAGGAGAAAGUAAGGAUAAAUGACCGAGGUGAACUGGCCUUGAGCAGCAGCAGCAGCAGCAGCUGACCACCCAUCAACGCCACCGUCUGUUCUCUCACACACACACGCACACAGCUAUGCUAAUUCUACCAUCCAUGUUGUCCACUCUUACACAGUGAUUGUCAAGUGCACUGAGAGUCUUGGCAGAUUGGCUGUUCAAGAUGUUUGAAGCACUGUAGCAUGAUGCAGAGACAUACACACAUGCGCACACACACACACACACACACACACACACGUGUUUGGACAUUUUCAGUUAAGUUCAGCCAAUUUUAAAGAGGCCCUAAUAUUUAUUGGAGGGGAGGUGGUGAUUGUUAGGAAGUAGUGGCAAGUUAUGUUCGGUUGAGGGCGAACAAAACUGUGAAGUUGGCAGUGGAUGAGUGAGUGAGAGGUUUACAGGGUCAUCAAGUGCUUUUACUCUUUAAAAUCUAUUUUUCUUGCUGGGUGUUUUUUUUUUUUUUUUUUUUUUUUUUUAAAUGAGGCGCAAUUGAUGUACAUUUUAGUAGCUGAUUUGAUUUUAUUAGAGUCCCGCAGAGUUGUGACAGCAAUGGAAUGAUGUUUUCAGUACAUA